AUGUCUGUCUCAUUGCUGCGGUCGCGUCUUGCCGCCACCGGCCUGAAAUCCGUCCCCCGAUCGACAUGCCCCUCGCGAAACUCUCUCAGAACUUCAAUCCCUCGUCGCUAUAAUUCGAGCUCAGCCGGCAGCUCUGGUGGCGGAUUCAAGGUGGCAGCUUAUAGCACUGCGCUGGCGGCUGCUCUAUAUGCUUCAUACUACUAUACGACCGACACGCGAGCAUUCGUCCACCGAUAUGUCGUCCCGCCGCUGCUGCGAACCGUCGUCCCCGAUGCCGAAGAUGCGCACCAUUUGGGCGUUACAGCGCUGAAGCUGCUCUACGAAGUCGGCUUGAACCCCCGAGAACGUGACGCCGCUGCCAACAGCUCUAGCCUCUCAGCCACCGUAUUCGAGCACCAAUUGGCGAACCCGAUCGGCAUCUCGGCUGGUCUGGACAAGGACGGCGAGAUUCCCGAUGCGCUGUUUGCGCUGGGAGCCGGCGUUGUCGAAGUCGGUGGCUGCACGCCGCUGCCGCAAGAGGGAAACCCCAAGCCCCGAGUCUUUCGCGUGCCGAUUCUCGAUGGAAUGGUCAACCGAUACGGCCUCAACUCAAAGGGAGCUGACGACAUGGCGAUCCGCCUGCGCGACCGACUUCGACGAUUUGCGCGCUCAAUAGGAGUCACCGAGGAGGAAAUCAUUAGUGGAGAGGCCGGUGUUCCCGUAGGAAGCUUGAAGCCUGGACGCAUACUGGCCGUGCAAAUCGCAAAGAACAAGGAGACCAACGAAAAGGACGAGCAGGCCAUCGCCUCCGACUAUGUCUACUGCACAAAGCGGUUGGCCCGCUACGCCGAUGUUCUGGUCGUCAACGUCAGCAGCCCCAACACGCCAGGUCUCCGAGACCUUCAAGCUGCAGAGCCCUUGACGCGGCUACUUGCCGCCGUUGUCGACGAGGCAUCUCGAACCGACAGAAAAGUGCGCCCCAAGGUCAUGGUCAAGGUUUCUCCCGACGAGGACGAAGAUUCGCAAAUGGAGGGCAUCGUCCAGGCUGUGCAGAAGAGCGGAGUCGACGGCAUCAUUGUGGGAAACACCACCAAGCGAAGAACCGGCCUCAACCCCAAGGGAGCCAAGCUCUCAGUCAGAGAGCAAAAGGCGCUGAUGGAGACGGGCGGCUACUCUGGCCCUGCCAUGUUCGACCGCACAUUGGACCUCGUCGGCCGAUACCGCAAGAUGCUCGACUCGCAGCCCAGCGAUGGCAAGGGUGAGCAAAAGGUGCUUUUUGCGACUGGAGGCAUCACGAAUGGAGAGCAGGCGUUGAAGGUGCUGAAUGCUGGUGCAAGCGUAGCGAUGGUGUACACGGGUUUGGUUUAUGGAGGAGUUGGAACGGUCACAAGGAUGAAAAAGGAGAUGCGCGAUGCUCUAUAG